AAAGACCUUGUCCCCGACGUCCAUCAUCCCAAAACCCUUCCCCGUAUCGUCUGCUUCCCCAGCAUUAGCAAUAACCGCAGACCUUAUCUUCCACAGAGAGAAUACACCAUGACGAUUUACUAUUCACUCACCUUUCUCAUGCUGGCGGCGGAGGUCGCCCUCUCCUUCGUCAUCAUUGCGCCCCUCCCCCACGCAGUGCGGAAACGUCUCUUCGGCUUCCUCGCCAACAACAAGAUCGUCUCCAAGAUUGCGUAUGGUGUAAAAAUCAGCUUCAUAUUUAUAGGAAUACUUUUCCUCGAUGCGCUCCAGCGCAUGUUCCGCGUUACGGCCGAGUCCGAUGCGGCGCGUGCAAAUGGUACCGCACAGCCCCAAGGUGCUGCGUUCGGUGACGGCGGUCUUGCUGCUCGUAAAUUCUACGCCCAACGCAACACCUACCUGACGGGCUUCACGCUGUUCCUCUCCCUCCUCUUGACGCGCACCUUCUACCUCGUCCUCGAGCUCAUCCACGUGCAGGACGAGUAUGCGAAGGUGACCAGCGGGCAGGCCAAGGGUGGCGAAUCGGCCGAGGUCAAGAAGCUCAAGACCGACCUUGAGACCCUCCGCAAGCAGAGUCUGCAGCAGCAGAAGGAGCACGACCGUCUCGCCGAUGAGUACAACAAGGCUGUUGGCAGGAGCGCGAAGAAGGAUUAGACGAUGGGCCGCGCAGUCGAAUGGUGUUACUCUUGUUUUGCGGCAUAGCGUCGAGAGAUCUGUGUUCAAUGUAUGAUUCUUUGCAUCGAAG